CCCUUGUCCAAAAUCCGGUCGCCCACAAAUUCCGGCGCCUCCGAGGCCACGCCCCUUCCCUUCCGCUUCCCGUGUCUCUCCAGUCAUUCGGCCCAGCACCCCGGUUCCGGCCCCACGGGGUCUCGGUUCCGGGCUCGUUGCCCCGGUUCCCGGCCCCGGCUGGUCUGUCGGGCCGGUCCGGCCGCGCGCAGCACCGGUCGGGGCUCGGGGCUCCCCGGGCCCACGCCAGCGGCCUCCUCGCCCUCCGCCGGCCACGGCCCACCUCGUUACCCGGCCCGCGCCGCCCUCGCCGCCCAUGGAGUCCCAGUGCGACUACUCGAUGUACUUCCCGGCCGUGCCGCUGCCGCCACGCGCGGAGCUGGCUGGGGACCCGGGCCGGUACCGGGCGCUGCCCCGGCGCAAUCACCUCUACCUGGGGGAGACCGUCCGCUUCCUUCUGGUGCUGCGCUGCCGGGGCGGCGUGGGGUCCGGCGCCGGAGGCGGCCCGGGCUUGGGCUCCCGAGUGGCCUGGGCAGAACUGGCGACCGCCCUGGCCGCCCUGGCCUCGGUCAGCGCCGGAGGGGCGCCCGUGGGCGGUGGCUCCGGCGACCAGGAUCCCGAACCCCCGGGGGGCGGGGACCCUGGUGGUGGGGGGUUGUUUCGAGGCUGCAGCCCCCUCCUCACCCACGGCCCGGGCCCUGCUACCUCAGGGGGAGCGACCACGCUGCCUGUGGAGGAACCAAUUGUGUCCACAGAUGAGGUCAUCUUCCCACUCACCGUUUCGCUGGAUAGACUGCCCCCAGGGACACCUAAGGCCAAGAUUGUAGUGACCGUGUGGAAGCGGGAGGUUGAGGCACCAGAGGUCAGAGAUCAAGGCUACCUACGCUUGCUGCAGACCCGAUCUCCUGGGGAGACCUUCCGGGGCGAGCAGAGCGCUUUCAAGGCCCAAGUGAGCACCCUGCUGACUCUGCUGCCCCCUCCAGUUCUGAAAUGCCGCCAGUUCACUGUGGCUGGAAAACACUUGACCGUGCUCAAGGUGCUGAACAGCUCCUCCCAGGAGGAAAUUUCCAUCUGGGAUAUCCGCAUUCUCCCAAACUUCAAUGCCAGUUAUCUGCCUGUCAUGCCCGAUGGCUCUGUGCUGCUGGUGGACAAUGUCUGUCACCAAUCUGGGGAAGUCUCCAUGGGCUCCUUCUGCCGGCUCCCUGGUACCUCUGGCUGCUUCCCCUGCUUGCUUAGUGCUCUGGAGGAACACAACUUCCUGUUCCAGCUCAGAGGGGGUGAGCAGCCCCCUCCAGGGGCCAAGGAGGGCCUAGAAGUUCCCCUGAUCGCUGUGGUUCAGUGGUCCACGCCGAAGCUGCCCUUUACCCAGAGCAUCUAUACCCACUACCGGCUGCCCAGCAUCCGCCUGGACCGCCCGUGCUUUGUGAUGACUGCUUCUUGUGAGUCCCCUGUUCGGACCUACGAGCGUUUCACUGUCACCUAUACGCUGCUCAACAAUCUCCAAGACUUCCUUGCUGUGAGGCUCGUGUGGACGCCGGAGCACGCCCAGGCUGGAAAGCAGCUGUGUGAGGAGGAGCGCCGGGCCAUGCAGGCAGCCCUGGACUCCAUCGUCUGCCAUACACCCCUCAACAACCUCGGCUUUUCCCGGAAGGGCAGCGCGCUCACCUUCAGUGUGGCCUUCCAGGCUCUGAGGACGGGGCUCUUCGAGCUGAGCCAGCACAUGAAACUGAAGCUGCAGUUCACCGCCAGCGUGUCCCACCCUCCGCCCGAGGCCCGGCCUCUCUCUCGCAAGAGCAGCCCCAGCAGCCCUGCCGUCCGGGACUUGGUCGAGAGGCACCAGGCGAGCCUGGGCCGCUCUCAGUCCUUCUCCCACCAACAGCCCUCCCGCAGCCACCUCAUGAGGUCGGGCAGCGUGAUGGAGCGCAGGGCCAUCACGCCCCCCGUGGCCUCCCCUGUCGGCCGCCCCCUCUACCUGCCCCCGGACAAGGCUGUGCUCUCUCUGGACAAGAUCGCCAAGCGCGAGUGCAAGGUCCUGGUGGUGGAGCCCGUCAAGUAGCACCGUCCAGCUCUCCUCCCUCUCACACUCCCGGAAAUCAACAGCCCCUGGAGCGGUGCUCCCUCCAGGCUGUGCCUCCCCUGGGAUGCCUCCCAGAGGGUGAGGAGGCCCUGCAGGGCAGCCUGUCUGUGUCUGCUGAAGAGGGACGAGGGAAGAAGCUGUGAAACGGACAGGGGUGGCUGGGGCGUGAAAGCAACAGUAUUUCCCGGACCUCCUGGGGGGGCUGGCCCCACCCCUCGGCCAAGGCAAGGGCUCCAGGAGCUCCCUUGCCCCCUGCCUUGCACCCUGGUUCUAAGUUUACAAAGUGUUUUCCUCGUUCCUUUAAGUUGUCUUCCCAGCCUCUGACAUUCCCUCCCUCCCUCCCACCCGCAGGGCUGAGAUCAGAGGGUGGUGAUGGUAAAGGGACCCGACAAUGACAUGACCCUCCUGUCUCAGGUCAGGGGAGAGAGCUCGGUGGCCUCCCCUCGCCCUCAUGUUUACGUUUGCAGUCUGAAGCACUUUAUGUGGGGUUUUUUGGUUUUUGGGGGGUUUUUUUUGGUUUGUCUGUUCCUGUAACUUAUUCUCCAACUACUGCUUCCAACUGAAAGAAGACUAUUAAAUGCCUGUUCAGGAGGGAGAAGAAUGACUGUUCUUUGUGUGUUGGUGGCAGGAGCAGAGACCCAGGGGGCUCAGCAAGAUUCCCUUCAGCAUGUACACCAAACAGCUCCCCUCAGCUCCCUUCCCACCCAUUGUUUUUUCUUCUGAGUCCAAGUUUUAGAU